AUGUUCGGCCGAUUGCAACUACUGACGCUGGUGGUGGCCAGCGCUCUCGUGCAGCACUCCGGUGCGUACUACAGUGGUCCGUUUCUAUUCUGGGGCUUGGAUGACCUAAAGGACGUGCAAACGUCCGCCCUGGCCGGGCUGGACGAUAAGGCGCUGCGGGAUCUGUACGCGAAUGCGGCCGCCGUCGUGGUGUUCCUGCGGAACGGCACCACGAAGCUGUCGGAGGACAAUUUCCCGACGUUCAAGCGGAUCGUCGAGCAGUACGCAUUCGUCUACAGCCCGCAGCAAAUGCUCAGCUCCAAUCCACUCGACUAUAAUGUAAAUGCUGAGAUAAUCAACCUCGUCGGAUCGCCAACGCAGCAGGAUGUGGAACUGUCCGCGCUGUUCCGCGACUCGACCGAAAACUAUGGCGAACGGAAGGUGCUGGGCAUUCUGGCCAACCAAUGGGAGGAACCACGCGUGAUGCACAAGCGUGAAGCGAAGGGUGGCGACGACUAUUCGUCGACCAGCACCACACCGGGAAGCCCCACGGAUGAGCCGGAAAUUGCCGACUCCAUCUAUAACGUGCCGGGCAAGGCGAUUCUGUACAUUACCGCACCGCCGGUACUGAAGAUGCUGAACGAUUCCGACGAGGGCGAAACGAUACACGUCCUCGACAAGCAUACCCUUUCGACGUACGAUGCCCGCGAGCGAGAAAGCAAGCUUAUCGUCACCUUUAAGGGGGACGAUUUCAACAAGCUCACGCUCAAGUUCCGCUUCGACAUGGAUGCCGGCUACUGGUCGAUGUCGAAGGUGGACGUAUUCGUGAUGGACACCAAGAGCAAGGACGGCUCGAAGACCCUCGAUACGACCCUCGAGCUGGAGGGAAAGUACGCUCCGUACGCUCCGCUCGGUGCAUCGUACUCGUGCGCCCGCCAGCUCGUUUUCCGCAACGGCUCUACCAUCCUGACGCUGGAGAACAUUCAGGUCCAACCGGCACUGGAGGGCAAGACCAAGUUCGAUAGCGCCUGGGACUGCGUCGGGUUCACCACGGCCCCGAUUCUGUCCGGCAUCUUCGUCACCAGCUUCAUGCUGAUCGGGCUGACGGUUGCAAUCCUGGCGAUACUGGACAUCAAGCCGCCGAACCGGUUCGAGUCCCGCACCGGAAAGCAGCUGACAUUCACGGUCCAGGAGUAGAUGGCGGCUCGCAUCAGUUCCAGCUUUCUUCUUGGUGGUUCAAUGUGCGUGGUUAACCUCUAACAUAAAGGCGCAGAUGAAGUUGUUUCUCGUGCCGGUUUGAAGCAGCGUGAGGUGAGGCAACCGUUGUCGGAAAGUAGGAAAAUCGGUAAGGUACACUAACGGCCGAUCGAUCGAGGAGAGAUGGGCAGUUAGGGAUUCGUAACCUCAAUGGAAGAACAAGUAUGUUUGUAGCCGGUGUAUGUCACGCAAAAAAUAGCCCGCCGGAAAAGUGGUCCUAGUUAUGUUUCAACUCAACAUUGCCGGACGAUAUUUUACCCGUUUGUUGGUUUCACAGAUUUCCCCUUCCCCUUAGGAAGCAAUUUACAAUGCACAGAUUUCUCUAUAUCAGUGGCGAUUAACAUAGAUAUUAGAAGCCGCUAGUAUAAGGUGUAUAGGGCAAAAAAUACUCAUAUGUUCACCCGGUCGUCUCCCGAAUCGAAUGACAUUCGCACGAAAGAAAAAAGCGGUUCGAAACGCUUUACAA